AUCAACCCUUUGCCGGUCCCAUCUGCAAUAUUACUCCGUUCCGUUAAUUCUACACCCCACAACAACUGGUAUCGUAUUGUUAUUGAUGAUGGCCAGCCCUACAGAGAUCCCGACCGACCGUUUCUCCCAUGACGCAGCCUUCAUCCAUGUCACUCCUAAUGACGACGAGAAUCGCGCCAUGCAAUAUCACCACUCCGAAACAGCCAACCAGAGCAACCGCCAUGUCCAGCGUCUGGCGAACAUGAGUUUUCUCCGAUCCGAAUGUCCUACUCCUACUUAUCACCCCCACUGGACUUACUUCCGUGCCCCCCCAAAUCCAUCCCGAAACGCCUACCAGAUACCUGCGUACGAUGGAACUUCAUUGGGACCGAAUCAUGCUUUGACGGGGUACAUAAGGAAUGGUAAUGACGAACAAAUUGGUGUUCCAUCCAGCAGACACUUAUCGGGAGGUCGUCAUGGAUCACAUCCACAUAGGACCUCUAUGAAUGGUGUUGCAAGAGGCAGCCUGGACACACGAUAUCGUGUACAGAGGGCACAACCUUAUGCAACGAAUUGCCGGACCUCUAACUUGAUUUGCGAAUGGAAUGGCUGCACCUACGCCCACCCGUUCAACAGAGCAGCGGAUCUAAUAAGACAUGUUAGGAACAUUCAUGUGUCCCCUGACUCGUUUCCGUGCUGGGUUCCCGGAUGCGAUCGCUCCUUCAAUCGCAGUGAUAAUUUGAUGGAGCAUCUCUCACGGGUCCAUCAGGUGGAAAGGGAAGGUCAGUCUCAGCGCUCACUUAUCGACAAUCAACAUCAGCUACGUGAUUACUAUUAGUGCCAUAUUAUCUGCCGUCCAGAGGUCUUCGACAGAGCUCCUUGCUGGUAUUGAAUACAUCGAAC